UAUAAGCGAAGGGUCGCCGAGAAGAAGUUUCUCGUUAGCCGGAGCCAGGCUCCAGCUUUAGGCGAAGGGGAGGAGAGUGUGGGGAAGGGCAGUGUAGCUGGGAGCAGCUAGAUACUAAGCAGAGAGAAACUCCUCAAGCUGCAGGAACCGAGCCAGGGGCCAGCAAGGCGUGAACAGAGAGAGAGAGAGAGGGAGAGACUGCAGCCCAUCCCAGGCUCGGAGCUCAGCAAUCCCCGGGAGUGAGCAGAAAGGCGGCGGGGACAAAGCAGACCAUGAUCGGCACCAGAUCCAGGGGCACGGAGCUCUCGGCGCCGGAUCACAAUAAACUCGCUCUGAAAGCCUUCAGGAAAGUCGCACUUUACGAAGAUGAAGAUGUGAAAUUUAUGAUGGCAGGCAGCAACUUACAGAAAAUCAAAUCGAGAUUGUGGAAGAAAGAGCGACAGAUGAAACUGCAGGAGGAUGGCUUGACUGUCUGGUGUGAGUCCAAAUCCCGGAAAAAGCCUUCUACUUUCUCGGUAAUGGAUAUCCGGGACAUCCAAGAGGGCCAUCGCUCUGAAGUGAUGAAGAAACAUGGAAGCGGCUUCUCGGAGAAACGGUGCUUCACCAUCGUGUUCGCAGGCAACCGUACAGACCUGGACCUGGUAGCAGAGUCGGAGGAAGAAGGGAGGCGAUGGGUUCAAGGCUUUAAAAAGCUAAGAAAGAAAGCAGAAUCCAUGAGUCAACGAGAGAAAAUUCACCACUGGAUCCAUGAAUACCUCCGGAAGGCUGACAAAAACAAGGACAACAAAAUGAGCUUCAAAGAGAUUAAAAACCUGCUGAAGAUGAUCAACAUUGAAACUGAAGAUGAAUAUGCUUACCAGCUGUUCAAGCAAUGUGACAAGUCCAAUACUAACAAAUUGGAAGAGCACGAGAUCGAGGAGUUUUGCAAGUUUCUGAUGCAGCGACCAGAAUUGGAGGAGAUCUUUAACUACUACUCAGGGGAGGACCAGAUCUUGACCGUCACUGAGAUCAAGAAUUUCUUAAAAGAGCAGAAGGAAAUCACCACUGAUGAAAAUGCAAUCGCAAUUAUCCACAAAUAUGAGCUGAAUGAAACAGCCAAACAGAACCAGCUCUUGACCCAGGAUGGCUUCAUGAUGUACCUGCUUUCCCCUGAUGGGGAUGUGUUUAACUCAGACCAUGACAAAGUUUACCAGGACAUGACCCAGCCACUCAGUCACUACUUCAUCUCCUCUUCCCAUAACACCUAUCUGAUGGAGGACCAGCUGGGAGGACCAAGCAGUACUGAGGCAUAUAUUAGAGCUCUUCUGAGAGGUUGCCGCUGUGUGGAGCUGGACUGCUGGGAAGGACCAAAUGGGGAGCCAAUAAUCUACCAUGGAUAUACGCUCACCUCAAAAAUCCUCUUCAAAGACGUUAUCCGAACCAUUCGGGAUUAUGCCUUCACGGUCUCUCCGUAUCCCGUCAUUCUGUCCCUGGAGAAUCACUGUGGAGUAGAGCAGCAGACAGUCAUGGCCCGUCAUUUAAAGGACAUCCUCGGUGAAAUGCUGGUAACUGCACCACUCGAUGGCAAAUCCCUGAGUGAACUUCCAUCGCCCGAGAAACUCAAAGGCAAAAUACUGAUAAAAGGGAAGAGGUUCAAUGGCUCUGGUCUCUCAGUGGAUCAGGAGGAAACACCGGAGGAUGAGGAUGAUGAGAAUAUGAACAAUGGAGAAAAAAACAAAAAGAGCCUGCUUUCCCCGGAACCAGCAAACAACAAACAGGAGCCGGUGAAGGAGCUUUCGAAGGAGCUGUCUGAGCUUGUGGUUUACUGCAAGGCUGUGCGUUUCCACAGCUUCCAGUAUGCACAGGACAAGGCAUGUCCCUGUGAACUCUCAUCUUUCUCUGAGAAUAAGGCAAAGAAGCUCAUCUGUGAGUCAGGAGCCUCCUUUGUUUGUUACAACACACUGCAGCUGUCCAGGAUCUACCCCACGGGCUCUCGCUUUGACUCAUCCAACUACAACCCUCAGGAGAUGUGGAACGCAGGCUGUCAACUGGUGGCCCUGAACUUCCAGAAACCCGGGACAGAGAUGGAUCUAAACAAAGGGAAGUUUCGGCAGAAUGGUCGAUCCGGAUACAUCCUGAAGCCCAGUUUCAUGAGGAAUAGUUCCAAUCUGUUUGACCCUGCCAGGCCAAAACCAGGAGCAGGCCUCAAAGAGACACAACUAAUUAUCGAAAUUAUUACAGCUCAACAGCUCCCCAAAGUGAAUAAGGAUAAAAAGAAUUCCAUUGUGGAUCCUCUGGUCCGUGUGGAGGUGCACGGAGUUCCUGACGAUAACAGCAUGCAAAAGACCAGCCAUAUUGAAAAUAAUGGAUUUAAUCCGGUCUGGAAUGAAGUGCUCCGGUUUACCAUCAGUGUUCCCGAGCUCGCUCUCAUCCGGUUUGUUGUUGAAGAUUAUGACUCAACCACCAGUAACGACUUCAUUGGACAGUUUACACUCCCAUUCACCAGUGUGAAAGAAGGUUAUCGACACAUCCACCUGUUGUCCAAAGACUCUGCGCCUCUCUCACCAGCAACGCUCUUUGUCCGGAUCAGGAUUAAGCGUUUAUAGUGCGGGCAAGCAACACACUGACAGUCUGCCUGGGUGGCAUGAACUAUUCUGAGACCCACCCUGCUCUUUGUUGUCCCAUGUCAACCACAAAGAGUCUGGGGGAAACAGUACGUGAAUGAAGAGGCUCCUUAUCCUGCACGACUGCAUUUUAAACUGUUCUGCAGCAUGAAACAGAUAUAACUCACCAACACCUCUCAGAAACCAGCUUUACUCUCAAUCAUUUCUAACCUAGCACCAGGCUGACUUCAAGCUGUUAACAAAAAGAUCAUGUGCAAUCUAAAUCCUGCCAAAACAUUGGCUGAAUUCAAACCUUUUUCAAAGCACACGCUCAAAAGACCUUUAAUGCAGACUCAUGAACCAACGCCAGCAAGUGUCUGAGACAUUUCUUACACAGUCUAGACCCAGGAACACUGAGCAUGCAGAGCAGAAGAUUCUAAUCUUGCAGCUUAACUAAAUUAUAACCUGAUGUACGUGCACUGCACGAUCAUUUGUGCUGUUGUGUACUCAAGUGUUUUAUCAAUGUGUGUAAAUAUAUAUAUAUAUAAAG